AUGUGUUUAGAGGCUAGUAACUUGAACAAAAAUAAAAGAACUCGAUCACCAACACCGGAUUAUGUUUGUCAGGAAUUUUCAGAUGAAGAGUACAUUAAAGGGAAUAAAAGCAUUCGUAGACAAGAUGUGAAGAGCACACGAAUUAAAAUUAAGUUAAAUCAAGGAAACAAUACAUAUAAUACAGCAGAGAGCCAACAGAGAUAUGGAUAUGAUUCAGUAGCGUAUAUAUUUGGAGAGAAUGACUUUAGUUCUGUUUUAAAGCUUAAAUCGGAUCAUGAGUCCAGACCAUUAUGGAUUAAUCCAUAUGAUGGCAAAAUUAUUUUAGAAGCAUUUUCACCGUUGGCAGAGCAGGCACAAGAUUUUUUGAUAACAAUUUCAGAACCAGUUAGUCGACCAAUACAUAUUCAUGAAUAUCGGUUGACAGCAUAUUCUUUGUAUGCAGCUGUUUCUGUUGGAUUAGAAACAGAUGAUAUUAUAUCAGUUCUUGAUAGAUUGUCAAAAUUUUCAAUUCCGGAAAAUAUUGUAGAAUUUAUUCGAAUGUAUACAAUUUCAUAUGGAAAGAUUAAAUUAGUUUUAAAACAGAAUCGAUAUUUUAUUGAGAGUUCUCAUGUGGAAAUUUUACAGAAGCUUUUAAAAGAUGAUGUUAUUGGUCCUUUGCGAGUGGAAGCAGAAAUGUCUAGAAAUAAAUCAUAUUUUACUACUUCAAAUUCCCGAACAAAUGAUAUUUAUUCAGACAAGAAAAAGGAUUUAGAAGAUAAAUCUAAAAAUAAUGAAGAAAAUGAUUCUAAUGAUAAUACAAAGAAUGAUGCAUUAUCAUCUAACCAAGUAGAUGAAAAUGAAGUUAAAAAUUCGGAAGAAGUGGGCGAGCUUUUUCCUACUAUUGAUAUCGAUCAUGAUGAUGACGAUGACGAUAAUGUUUAUUCAUUUGAAAUACCAUCAUCUUCAGUUGAAAUUGCAAAAAAACGUUGUUCUGAAAUAGAUUAUCCAAUGCUUGAAGAAUAUGAUUUCCGGAAUGAUACGUCCAAUCCUGAUUUAGAAAUUGAUUUAAAACCUUCUACUCAGAUUAGGUCAUAUCAAGAAAAAGGUUUAAGUAAAAUGUUUGGUAACGGUCGUGCAAGAUCUGGAAUUAUUGUAUUGCCUUGUGGAACAGGGAAAACUUUAGUUGGGAUUACAGCUGCAUGCACAAUUAAAAAAAGUGUUUUAGUAUUGUGUACUUCUUCAGUUUCUGUUAUGCAAUGGAGACAGCAAUUCUUGCAAUGGAGUAACAUUAAAAAUGAAGAUAUUGCAGUUUUUACUUCGGAUAAUAAAGAAAAGUUUAAGGGUGAAUCUGGUGUAAUUAUUUCAACUUAUUCAAUGAUUGCAAAUACAAGGAAUAGAUCUCAUGACUCUCAAAAAAUUAUGGACUUUUUGACAUCACGCGAAUGGGGGUUCUUAUUAUUAGAUGAAGUUCAUGUUGUUCCAGCAAUUAUGUUUCGUCGAGUUAUUACGACUGUUGCUGCUCAUGCAAAAUUGGGAUUGACUGCUACUCUUGUUCGUGAAGAUGAUAAAAUUGAUGACCUUAAUUUUUUGAUUGGACCAAAAUUGUAUGAAGCCAAUUGGUUGGAUUUAGCGAAAAAGGGAUAUAUUGCAAAUGUACAGUGCGCUGAAGUUUGGUGUCCAAUGACUACUGAAUUUUAUAAUGAAUAUUUAAAUGAGACUUCUCGAAAGCGUAUGCUUCUUUAUAUAAUGAAUCCUAAUAAAUUCCAAGCUUGUCAAUUUUUAAUUGAUUAUCAUGAAAAAAGAGGUGACAAAAUAAUUGUAUUUUCUGAUAAUGUCUAUGCUUUACGAGCAUAUGCAUUAAAGUUACAGAAGUAUUAUAUAUAUGGUGGGACUUCUCAGCAUGAAAGAAUCAAAAUUUUGGAAAAUUUUAGAUAUAAUGAUAUGGUAAAAACAAUUUUUCUUUCAAAGAUUGGUGAUACUUCUAUUGAUCUUCCUGAAGCCACAUGUUUGAUUCAAAUAUCAUCACAUUAUGGCUCUCGUAGGCAGGAAGCUCAGAGAUUGGGUCGUAUUUUAAGAGCGAAAAGAAGAAACGAUCAAGGUUUUAAUGCAUUUUUCUACAGUUUAAUAUCUAAAGAUACAAUGGAAGUUUAUUAUUCAGUAAAACGACAAGCUUUUUUAAUUGAUCAAGGAUAUUCAUUUAAAGUUAUUACUCAUUUGAAAGGGAUGGAAAAUUUACCCAAUUUGGCAUUUUCUACUCCAGCUGAACAGAGAGAAUUGUUACAAGAAGUUUUAUUACAAAAUGAAGAUGCUGCUGAUAUUGAUAAAAGUGAAGAAAGAGAUGGUCAUUUUGACAAUUUUUCAAAGAAAUCUAAAAAAGAUUUAUAUAAUUUUUCAAAAAUCAAACGUAAUAUUACUAAUCUAAGUAGUUUGUCAGGAGGAGAUGAUUUUGCAUAUAUUGAGUAUGAUUAA